AUGCCUCCGAAGCGGCCAGCGCCCGCCGCUUCGGAGAGCUCCAAGAAACCAAAACCGACUCACGCUUGUGAUGUUUGCGGCAAGACCUAUACACAUAAAGGGGACUUGAGCAGGCACGUUCGAGACGUACACGAAGGGAAAGAACAUCGUUGCAAAUACGAACAGUGCGAUAAGUCGUACAGCGCCGCCUCCGGUCUCUACACGCACGUACAACGCGUUCAUAAAGGGAGAACCUUUCUCUGCCCAGACUCAGGCUACGAGCGCAUAUCAGGGCUGACCACCAAGGAAUCUAUCACCAUUGCGAAUAUGCAGGCUGCAGCAAGAAGUACCAAACCUCGACUGAGCUCACCUAUCAUGUCCAAUCCGCACACCAAGGAGUACGGUAUUUUUGCCCUUAUUCCGACUGCAACACCAAGUAACAUCAGUCUCGCCGACCAUAUUGAAUCCGUGCAUACUGGGAUCGGUUUGCCCUGCCCCUAUGAUGACUGUCCGAGGAUUUUCUCGACGACGGGCGGCUUGAACGGUCAUGUCAACUCUGUGCACAUUGGCACAAGAUACCCAUGUCCUUGUGCGGACUGUGGGCGUUUGUUUACACUCAAAUCCAGCCAAGCCGCGCACAUCAAAUCUAUUCAUGGUACUCCUGAGGACGCUGCAGAGCUGCGCGAGAAAAGACUCCAGAUCCGGCGACUUUUGGCAGACAAAGAAGCUCAGGGGAUCUGCAGUGCCACCAAAACAUGUCAGAAUCCGGCAGUCAAGGACGUCUUCUGCUGCGAGUACCACCAGAAAACUGUCGAUUCGGUCGCCAAAGCGCUCAAAGAGAAAUCGGAAGCAGGCACACUGUCGGACUUCUCGAUCAAGACUGCCGAAGAGUUUGCCUUACUCCUGCAACGACAGGUGAUCUAUGUGGAUUCUCAAGCCAACAGUGCACUUCGUUUGCUGGCACACGGAUUGGACGACGUCCAAAUUGCAUCCAAAAGCUUUGCAAUAGAUACCGAGUUCUGCUGGGCUGGGGGAUAUGUUGUCAUGGAUAUUACGAUUGAACGAAUGAAUGGCGAGGAGGUUGUUUCGACUCGUGUGGACCUGGGUAUGGACGUUGAGGAACUUCGGUCACUUUGUUCUGCGAACCCGAUAUCACAGAAUUCCGUCCGGAAAGUCUACGGCAAAUCCGACAAGACCUAG